AUGAAAGUGCUUUAUUAUUUUGACGAUGAAGUAGGAAACUUUAUUUAUGGCCUUGGACACCCCAUGAAGCCACACAGAGUCCGAAUGUGCAAUUCCUUGCUGAAAAAUUAUGGGGUCCUUGAUCAAUUAGAAGUAGUUGAUGGCAGCUCAGUCCCUCCUACUAUCGAAGAAGAUAUAUCGUACUUUCAUACAGAAGAUUAUUUGGAUUUCCUUAAAACAGUGACUCCUGAAAAUCUGAAUGAUUAUUUAGAUCUUUUUAUUGGUUUUAACAUGGGAGAAGACUGUCCUGUUUUUGAAGGACUAUGGGACUACUGCAAACUUACAGCAGCAGGCAGCAUUAUAGGCGCUAACGCAAUCAAUGAAGGGAGAAAUCAUAUCGCUGUAAAUUGGUCGGGCGGACUUCACCAUGCUAAGCAGCAAGAAGCUAGUGGUUUUUGCUAUAUAAAUGACUGUGUUUUAGGGGCUUUAGAGCUUUUAAAAAACCAUUAUAGAGUACUUUAUAUUGAUAUAGAUAUUCACCAUGGGGAUGGGGUAGAAGAAGCCUUUUAUACCACAAAUCGAGUCAUGACUUGUUCAUUCCAUAAAUUUGGGAACUAUUUCCCUGACACUGGAAAUUUCAAUGAUACCGGCCAUGGAGUAGGAGAUGGGUAUUCGGUUAAUGUGCCUUUAAACGAAGGAAUGGACGAUGAUAGCUAUAUCACAAUAUUCAAGCCAGUCAUUGACACAGUCAUGGAGAUCUACAACCCUGAAGUCAUUGUAUUACAGUCUGGCGCUGACUCUUUGUCUGGAGAUAGACUUGGGUGUUUUAACUUGUCAAUCAAAGGGCAUGGAGCUUGUGUUGAGUACGUGAAAAGCUUUGGAAAGCCAAUACUUCUGAUAGGCGGUGGUGGAUAUACAUUAAGAAAUGUAGGCAGAUGUUGGGCUUAUGAAACAGCUAUUGCUUGUGGAUAUGAGCUAGACCCAAAACUGCCUGACUGGGAUGAAUAUUUAGGCUACUAUGGUCCUGAUUUUUCAUUAGUCCCAUCUAUUAGUAACAUGGAAAACCAAAACUCAAAAGAAUACCUUACUCCGCCCAUCCGUGAGCGAACAAAACCAUUAGAAAAAUCCCUAUUAUCGCCCAAGAACUCACCCGCGCAAGCGAACAAAAAUUUUUAUGGAAAAAUAUUUUAAUAUAUAAGUGAUAACUAGUAUCAUGAAAUCUCUAGCUAAUUCUGUUUAAUUUUAAACAAAUUGCGUUUAAAACAUAAAUUUUACAAAUUAAAUUAAUAUUUGACUUUAAUUUUCGAGAAGUGGGAUUUUUUAAAUUCCGAAAAAAAUUUUUUUUUCUUUAAAAUUUAUAUAUAAAAAUUUUUUAAAAAAAUCACUGUGAGUGAACAAGAUUUUUUUGUUUUUAUGAAGGGGGGAGUUAGACAUUCUACAGAAAAAGUUGUCACCAUGCUCAGAGAAAAAGUCAUAGCAUGCUCUCCUGCCAUUUCGAACUAUACGGAAAGCCCAUUUUACAACGCACCAAACCCAUGCUAUUCAUAUGAUGGCAAGCAGAGGAAAAAAGAAUUAGAUAUGGACAGAGAAGAUUAG